GCACUGCCGGCUUCAGACUCGACCUCAUCUCUCCCUGCAGUCUACUUACGUGUCGAGUACUCGAGUACAGAGGGAGGAGCUUGCACUGCUUCCGCCCAUGGAGUUGGGGUCGAUAUAAAAUAGGGAACGCACCUCCGUCGAGCACUCUCUCAUCGAUCUCUGCUUGACGUUCACCAUCGUUCACUCCACUGCCGUCCGUCCGUCCGUGCCGGCUUGUGCAGAGUUGCAGGCCAGUGGCUGCCUGCCUACUUGCAGAGAUGAAGACUGGACUAGCCAUGGCCGUCUUCAGCCUAGCAGCCCUUUUGCUGCUGCUGCCACCCUCCGAACUGAAUUUCAGGCAUGGCGACGCCGGCGGCGGCAGAGGACGACGUUCAGCACUACACCCACGGGAUCGGGAUAUGGGUCUGCACGGUGUACGCCCGCCCGGGACCAAUCGACAAGGCCACCUGCGACUGGAUGUUCAGGCUGUCCAACAACUCGACCGACGGCGGCCUGCAGCAGGUGCGUCUCGGCGACUACGACUGCUGCGAUAUGGGUUGCCGCUGCUCCUUCUGCGUCUCCGUCUACACAAUUGGUGCCGGACAUGGCAUGCGCGCCGCCGCCGCCGCCGCCGUGUGGCCGAUGGCGCUGUCCAGCCUCCUUGUGCUGGUGGUGACGCUGGUCUAGUUCAGGAGGGAGUUACCCCCUUACCCGUAGCCGUGAACUGUGGGUGAGGUUCGGAGUUUCUUCAGGAUGCAUGUAGUAGUGUUGGAGUUGUGAUGCUGGUCUGAUCGUCCCGCGCCGUAACUUAGGCCGGCCGUACCUUGUCUUGUUCUUCAAAUGCCGCUGCUCGCUGUUCGAGCGCGCUGUCAAAUGGGAA